AUGGAUCACCUCGACGAUUUGCCAGAAACCUUUGAGACCCUCAGGACAUACCAAAUGAGACUCAAUCCAAAGAAGUGCAUAUUCGGGGUAUCCUCUGGCAAGUUCCUUGGCUUCUUGACUGAUGAAAGGGGCAUUAAGGCAAAUUCGGACAAGGUACAGGCCGUCAUUAAUAUGACGUCGCCAAGGACGGUCAAAGAUGUGCAACGCCUAACUGGAUGUCUUGCCGCCUUGGGACGAUUUUUAUCUAGAGCCGGAGACAAGUGUCAUUACUUUUUCAGUACCAUCAGAAAGGGGACCCAGUUUGAAUGGACGCCGCAGGCAGAGACCGCCUUCCUCCGUUUAAAAGAACAUCCGUACACUCUGCCACGGCUGAAUGCCGAACUCAAAUAUCCAACUGUUGAAAAUUUUGGCUUCGCUCUGUUCUUGGCUAGUAAGAAGUUUCGUCCAUACUUCCUGGCUCAUCGGCUGAUAGUGUACACAUAUCAACCUCUAAAGCGGCCAUUUACCAAUCUGGAGGAUUCCGGAAGAAUGCUCAACUGGGCAAUUGAGCUUAAUGCCUUUGAUAUUUCGUAUGAGCCGCGGAAGGCGUCAGACAACGAAGCUGAAUACGAAGCCUUGAUAUGCGGAAUUCAGAUGAGCAAAGCAGCAGGGGCGGCAGACGUCCUGGUUUUAUCUAACUCACAGUUAAUCGUCAGUCAAGUAAAAGGAGAAUAUGAGGCCAAGGAUGACGCCAUGAUAAAAUAUCUGGAAAAGGUCCGCCAGGAAGUUCAGCAGUUGUCUAAGUUUGAGAUACAACAUAUACCCCGGUCUGAAAACAACAAAGCAGACGCUCUAUCCAAACUAGCAAGCUCAGCGUCUUGCGAUACGCCACGAGGGAGGGCCCUGGCAGAAAAAGCCCUAAGAACUGGAUACUAUUGGCCCACUCUCAAAGAAGACGCUCUUGACUUGGUUAAGUGGUGUGCUAAAUGUCAACGAUUUUCUCAUCUAAUUCGACGGCCAGCACAGAGACUGACACCAAUCACCAUCCCUAUACCAUUUGCCAAAUGGGGGAUGGACUUAUUAGGUCCCUAUAUGACGGCACCAGGUGGAUUGCGUUAUGUGAUAGUUGCCGUCGACUAUUUCACCAAAUGGGUAGAAGCUGAAGCUUUGAAAAACACUAAGGCUCAAGAUGUAAGAGCAUUCAUCUGGAAAAACAUCAUCACAAGAUUUGGCGGCCCUGGAUUUCUUGCCAGAAACAAGAGGAAACGCGGCUCUGCGACAACAGCUAUACAAACUCCGAAUGACGAGGGAGUACAACAUAAGGGUCUCUAG